CUUGGCCUCACGAGGAGCUGGCUUUGAGUUUGAGCUUCGAAGAAACCUGUUGAUGUUUCUCUCUCUAAAAAAUCUUAGAGAGAGAAACAAUUUUAAACCCCUCUUCGUGAUGAUGACGAUGCUGGUGGGAUCACUCAUCUCUUUAUAAUUUUGUUUUUCUUUGUCCAUUUUUGACUUUGGAAGCAAUUCUUCUUCCCGUUUUCACAGAUUUCUCUCUCUCUCUCUCUCUCCCUGUUUCACAUUUUAUCCGAAAAUCAUUUCACGGGUUUUCUUCGAGAUCUUCCUCAAAGUUCUGUUCUUGUUGUUAAAAGUGCUGUUUUUGGCAUCAGGGUUGGUCUCGGUUUUAAUGCACUUGCCUUAAUUUCGGAGCUCGCGUUAUUGUUUGUACGUUUUGAGAAAUAAAGAUUUCAGCUUUUUAGAUCCACCCAGAAAACGAAGUUUCCCAGCCUGAAUUCAAUGAUUUCUUAGUUUUUAAAUUUGACGUUGAUUUUAUUUAUUGAAGCUUUUAUCAGAAACUGCAAUCCAGCUCAUUGAUUCAAGAAGGUUCUGUUAAUCUAUCCACGAAACGGUCCAAGUUCCCAUAUAAAAAUCCUGUUUUUAUUUGACUUUUCUGGACUAUUUUCCUUCUUUUUUGUAUUAUCAUUAUCAUCUCUAAUUGCAACUUUCAAUUUUUUUUUUCUGUAAUGGGUUGUGCGAGUUCCAAGCAAAACAAGCGGUGCCGGCACUGCCAGACCCCGUACUCGCCGGUGCUGAGAAGCAAUUCAAUGCACGUGCGUCAUCCUGCACAAGGCAAGGGAGAUAGCCAUCAUGUGGUGGCGCUCACAUCCACCACUUUGGGCUCUUUGAAGCUGGACUUUGACAAGAACAAUCAAAACAACAAUCGUAAUGCUGAAAUCAACGGUGGUGAUCAUCUUGAUGUUGGUGGUGGUGGUGGUGGUGGUGAUAAGAGCAAAGACGCCAAGGAUUUUUCAAUAGGGUUGGUUGAGGCAAAGGCUUGGUCAAGCAUGAUUGAAGAGAAGAUCCCAAAAGUUGUGCCUAAAACUCCUAUCAGAACGCCUCCUGGAGAGCCUGAGACUAUUAACACUUGGGAAUUGAUGGAGGGGCUUGAAGAUGUUAGUCCAUUGAUGAUGUCCCAUAAACACUUUCGGAGUUUCUCUUUUGAUGUUGCCAAAAAUUUGAAUUCCAAUGCUGUGGUGCCUCUUGAUGAUCACCCUCUUCCAAAGUCCGAACUUUCUGAAAGUAAAGCCACAGUGUCACCAAAGUGUAUGUGGAACCAAAUGUCAGAUGGGGAUGAUGAUAAAAAUUCCAAUUUUGUUUCAGAAUUUGAUCCUGAAGUUAUCCAAACUUUCAGGAAAUCUUUCCAGGAGCUAUCUCCAGGGCACCCUUUUCAUCUCAGGCCGCAAUUGGAAACUAAAAAGCAGCAAUCGGCUGUGGCCGACAAUGGUUUGUUGUUAUCAGAUUCCUUGGAAGGCAAGAAAGCAGGAAAUGGGGUAGUUUCAGAUAAAAAAUUUGGAAAAGAAAAGCUUGUGUUGUACUUCACAACCCUGAGAGGAGUUCGGAAAACAUAUGAGGAUUGUUGCCAUGUGAGAGUUAUCUUAAAAAGCUUAAGCAUUCGCGUCGAUGAGAGAGAUGUUUCAAUGCAUUCAGGCUUCAAGGAGGAGCUAAAAGAGCUCUUACGAAAUGGGAUUACAGGAGGCACCUUGCCAAGAGUAUUUCUGGGAAAAAAAUGCAUCGGAGGAGCCGAAGAGAUAAGGCGGUUACACGAAGAAGGGCAGCUUGAGAAGAUGCUUGAAGGGUGUGAAAAAGUGGACGAAUUUGGUGGAACAAAUGGAGCAACUUGUGAAGCCUGUAGAGAUAUAAGAUUUGUGCUUUGUGAAACAUGUUCAGGGAGCUGUAAAAUAUACCAUGAAAGGGAUGAAGAAGAACAAGAUGAUGAUGAAGAUCAAGAACAAUGGGAAGGUGAAGAAGGUGAAUCGGGGUUCCAACGCUGCCCUGAUUGUAAUGAAAAUGGACUAAUAAGGUGUCCCAUUUGUUGCUAUUAGCUAAAACUCAUAAUCAAGCACAAUUUUUUGAGUUUUUGGUAUGCUUGGAGAGGACCUGCAAUGGAGAAAACUGGUGAAUAAUAUGUUCUAGUUAUGUGUCUUGAUGGCUGUAUCAUACUUUAAAUCAUAUGUUCAUAACAAGCUUGUACA